AUGAGCAACGGUGGCCAGUUGCCCCCAAAUGUAGCGUUAUUAGAAAAUGCCAGUCCAGACUCCAGACACCCGGGUCAUGUCAUGGAGAAAACUACCACUAGUGAGACUGAGCAGCCCCCUGUAAAACUCCCUCAGGAUGAAAGCACUUUAGGAAAAAGCGACGAAGGCGUUCCUCAAGCACAGAGACCCGUCAGUAUUCAAAGCCUCUGUCUGGGUCAUGAAUAUAAGGCACUGGCAAGAGCGGCUAACAUUUUACCGUAUCCACGCAGCUGGAAGAUUCCACGGAGUGCUGUUGGUUCCAUGUUCAUUCCAAGUUGUCUGUCGGCAUCUUCUCGAGUUUUUAGGAAAAAAAUACGCACAAUGAAAAGAGCCAAAAGGAAGUCCAAGAAAAAGGACAAAAGAGAAUCAUUUUUUGUGGAUAAAUCAUUUAACAACCUUUUAGUUCUUUCCACCCAGUUUACCAAGCCUGUACCCGAUUCUUACUCUAGGCUUAUAACUACUAAAGUUAAGAGAGCAAGUAUUGAUUCUCGCCCUGUACCAAAGACUCCAGACUAUACUCAAGAACUUCCUCUCCUGGGAAAUGUAACCGAAACACUGCUCAGCCCUAUACCCAGCGUUUCAUCUACAGUACCUGAACCACAGUGGUCUGAACGACCACCACACCGCACUGCAACGUUAAAAAAAGUGGUACUGAAAAUUACUGCUCUCCCGGCAUUCCACACGCUGCCGUCACCCGUGUUACCAAGAAGACCUCCAAGACAGAUUGCAAUAGAAAAUGCUGCAGAGAGUGGAAAGGUAGAAGCUCCCAAACCACCUGAAAAUGCUUUCAUUGGAACCAUGAGAAAACUAGACACAGAUGCCUAUGUUUUACGAGGGGAAGGCUUUAAGACUAUCGCAGCAACACGCUAUGACACAAUAAUGGCAAUGACCACCCUGGCCAUAAUAAAUUGCCAGAUAUAUGGAAGAAACGCACUUAGUCUUAAGGGAUUCUUUCUUCUGUACUGUCCAGACUUAACACCUCUGACUUUUCAAUUGAUAUACCUUAAUUUAUCAUUUAAUGACCUCAACAAAUUUCCUGUGGAAGUAUUUUGUCUUAAAAAUCUACAAGUACUGAAACUGAGAAAUAAUCCUAUCAGAGAAAUUCCUUCUGAAAUCCAACAAUUGAAAUUACUUAGGAUUUUCUCCAUUGCCUUUAAUCUUAUUAGAGAACUUCCUUUGGGGUUAUUUUGCCUGUAUUAUCUUGAGGAACUUGAUGUUUCCUACAAUGAAAUUCAUAAUAUUCCAAAUGAAAUCCGGAAACUCAGAUCACUUGAGAAGCUGAAUGUUGAUGGGAAUUACAUGACUUCUUUUCCACCUGGGAUUUUAAAGCUUAAGUUGACCAAACUCCAAUUUGAUAAUACAUUCACUAAUAGUAAUUUCUGGAUAGAUUAUUGCUGGAAUGACCCCCAACCACUAAGUGAAAUUUGUUCUUGGUUCAUUGUCAAAAAUAAUCUACAUAGAAUUCCUGGUUUCAUCCCAAAGAAAGUUCAAAAGUGUCUAAGAAGCACAUCCAGGUGUGAUUGGUGUCAUGGUCCCAAGUUUGGUGAAGGGUUUCGCAUCAUCCGGUCCUGUGAUAUGUUUGGAGCAACGCAGAUUCCUAUUAUGUUCUAUGUCUGCUGUUCUUCCUGCUAUGUGGAGAUCAGGGAAAGCAGUUUUAUUUUAGAAGGUUUUCCUUGUAGAAGAAUAGUUCUAAAUAUGGACUGGAUAAAAGAAGGGAAAGUUAGCGAUGUAUCAUUUUAUUUGUAAAGUCCACAAACAUUUAUGUAUAAGUAACUCAUCUCUUAGAGCACAGGUUUUGUGUGGAGACCUACAGGUCUUUCUCCACUGAGUUCCCUCUGUGAUCCUUCUCCUCACGAAAGUCUGAUUGUUAGGAAUCAUUGCAGAAUUGUGACUCAAGAACUGGAAAAGGCCUUUGGAGUUCAGUGAGGAUCUUGAGAAUUUCCUGGAGAACAUGUUUACAGUAAGAAAAAAAAUGUUCAAAACGUUUGCGAAAAGGGCUGUAUCUUACAUCUUGUCUUUUCACGAACCCAUAUUCAGUGAACAGGUUAGCAGCUCCAAGUCAUCACAGAGAACUCUGUCGCAUGAGGCUGCAAAGUUAUGUGUCCAGGUAUCCAAUGUUAGUUUGUGCAUUUCUGUGAAAACCUGUUCAGUGCCGACCAUCUCAAUUGGUUUUCUUUUGAGAAUAAAAGAUUAUUUCCAAAUCGA